AUGAGUGAUCUAGAGAAAAAGAUUUCGCUCGACAAUGCUAUUUCAGAAAACUUGUCAUCUGAUGAUUUCCAGUCGGAGAAAGCCCCUCAAAGCAAAUGGAAGCAGUUUUUCUCCGAUUUUAAGCGCCCGAACGAACAUGACUUUGAUUCAACGGGCAUGACCCAUGAGCAGAUUGCGUUCACUCUCAUUCAGAGAUCUAAGCCCCAACUCAAAAAGCGUCAUUUGCGUGCGGUCGCUGCUGCCGGUGGUAUUGGCACUGGUUUAUUUAUUGGUACUGGUUCUUCGCUCAAAAAUGGCGGUCCCGCUGCUUUGACGAUCGGUUUUGGUAUCGUCGGUAUUUGUAUCGUUUGCACCAUGUGUGCCAUGGGUGAGUUAGGUGUCCGUUAUCCUGUACCAGGCUCGUUUACAACUUAUGCGAGUCGUUUCCUGGAUCCCUCUUGGGGUUUCACACUCUCUUGGUUGUAUGCGUUUAACUGGAUGGUUGUCAUUCCUCUAGAAAUUGUUGCGGCCUCUAUGACGAUUUAUUACUGGCAUACGGAUAACAACUCAGCGGCCCAUGUAAAUGUGGUCGCUUGGGUCCCUCUAUUUUACGUUGCAUUGCUAGCUCUGAAUUUAUUUGGCGCAAAAGGCUAUGGUGAGGCCGAGUUUGUUUUCAGCACAAUCAAGGUCUGCGCAAUGAUCGGUUUCAUUAUUUUCUCUAUUGUGAUCACUGCAGGCGGUGGUCCCGUUCCUUACCGAGGAGCAAAGUAUUUUGAUGAUCCGGGUGCUUUUGCUAAUGGCUUUAAAGGUGUCGUAACUGUGCUGGUAAGCUGUGCUUUCGCUUUUGGUGGAACUGAAAUCUCUGGUAUCGCAGCUACUGAAACCAAAAGUCCUGCACAUGCAAUCCCCUCCGCUGUCAAGCAAAUCUUGUGGCGUACAAUCACUUUCUUCAUUGUAGGAACUCUUAUGCUUGGCUUCAUGUUGCCUUACAACGGUGAUCCUCGCCUUGGUACCGAUGAUGGCUCUGGUCAGUCAGUUUCUCCUUUCGUUCUUGCUUUAGAGCACUCAAUGGUUAACGCGGUGCCUAGUAUUUUCAACUCUGUUAUUAUCAUUUCAGUGUUCUCUGUCGCUAAUGCUGCCAUCUUCGCGUCAUCGCGCACGUUUGUUGCAAUUGGUUUGGCUGGAUACGGCCCGAGAUGGCUCACUCGUUGGCUCACAUACAUUGACCGACGUGGUCGCCCUCUUGGUGCGCUUACGAUUUGUUUUGUAUUUGGUCUCUUGUGCUUCGUUGCUGCUUCUGAUGCCCAUGUUGAGGUGUUCAAUUGGCUCUACGCUUUUUCGGCGCUUUCAUUCCUGUAUGCUUGGGGUACAGUGUGCUUGGUUCAUAUCCGUGUGCGCAUGGCAAUGCGUCGUCAAGGUAUCUCCACCAGUGAGCUGCAGUACAAGGCCUCGACAGGUAUCAUUGGGUCCUUUAUCGGCCUUGGUAUUUGUAUCGCAAUCUUUGGUCUUCAGUGGUGGACUUCCCUUUUCCCACUUAACGGGAAGCCAGAUGCUCGUAUUUUCUUCCAGGCCGAUUUGUCGGUUCCUUGUGUUAUCGUCAUGUACGUGGGACACAAGCUUUAUACCAAAUCUCCGCUGUAUAUCAAGCUUGAAGAUAUGGAUAUUACCUCUGGUGUACGUGAAAUCACCGAAGAAACCAUCCGCGAGAAUGAAAUUGAAAACGAGGCUCGCAGAAACGCAAAUUUCUUCAAGAAGAUCAUUAACUUCAUGUGUUGA